AGAGAUAGAGGGAUAGAGGAAGGGAGUGAGUGAAUGAGAAAGACGGGCACACAGGGAGUGAAACAGACAGAGCGAGAGUUGCGGCUCUUACAUCUAGACGCGUGUAGAUAUUUUGCUCCCGGAGAUUCCAAAUAAAACAAACAAGAACACAAAAGAUCGCGCUUGUGACAGGAAAGGCACCCGACAGAGAUAUUUGUAUGACUUUUCUGCCUAGCUGAAUUAUUAUUCCGAGGAAUAGUGUCAUAUGUGGAGAUUUCUUAACCUUGGAACGGCUGGCGUUUUUCAGCGCACGAACAAGGAAUACGAUGCUAAGGAUUUUGGAUCCCGUGGUCACUGUCGUGACCAUUUCCUUUGUGGUCGAGGGGGUGCUCGGUGGCUACGGGAUGAGCAUGUUCGCCGCGCAAACAUCUCCCCCGGACCCUUGCUACGACGAGAACGGUAACCCGAGGAGAUGCAUCCCCGAUUUUGUGAACUCCGCUUUCGGAAAGGAAGUCCGCACUUCCAGCACCUGUGGUAAAACCCCCGGUAGGUACUGCUUGGUAACAGAGAAGGGCGACGAGAGAAAUAGGAACUGCCAUACGUGCGAUGCCUCGGACCCCAAAAAGUAUCACCCACCGGCAUAUCUAACGGAUCUCAACAACCCCCAUAAUCUCACAUGUUGGCAAUCGGAAAAUUACAUCCAAUACCCUCAAAACGUCACCAUAACACUGUCACUGGGCAAGAAAUUCGAAGUCACCUACGUAAGCCUGCAGUUCUGCUCACCUCGACCCGAAUCUAUGGCUAUCUUCAAGUCUAUGGACUAUGGCAAAUCUUGGGUACCUUUCCAAUACUAUUCGACCCAAUGCAGAAAAAUGUACACCAAACCGAGCAAGGCCACCAUUACCAAACAAAACGAACAAGAGGCGAUAUGCACAGACUCCCACACGGACAUGCACCCUCUAUCCGGCGGUCUCAUUGCCUUCAGCACUCUGGACGGCAGACCGUCGGCGCACGACUUCGACAACUCGCCGGUGCUCCAGGACUGGGUCACCGCCACCGAUAUCAAGGUGACGUUCAGCCGAUUGCACACUUUCGGUGAUGAGAACGAGGAUGACUCGGAGCUUGCCCGGGACUCUUAUUUCUAUGCGGUGUCCGAUCUGCAGGUUGGCGGUCGAUGCAAAUGCAAUGGCCACGCUUCGCGGUGCGUAAAAGACAGGGAUGGAAACCUUGUUUGUGAGUGCAAACAUCAUACCGCGGGACCGGAGUGCGACAGGUGCAAGCCUUUUCAUUAUGAUCGGCCGUGGCAACGCGCAACAGCUAGAGAAGCCAACGAAUGUGUCGCCUGUAACUGUAACCUGCAUGCCAGGCGAUGCCGUUUCAACAUGGAGCUGUACAAGCUGUCUGGGAGGAAGAGCGGAGGAGUCUGUCUCAACUGUCGCCACAACACGGCCGGACGCCACUGUCACUACUGCAAGGAGGGUUACUACAGAGACCUGUCCAAAACCAUCUCUCACAGGAAAGCCUGCAAAGCAUGUGAUUGCCAUCCCGUGGGUGCUGCUGGCAAAACCUGUAACCAAACCACGGGUCAAUGUCCCUGUAAAGACGGCGUGACUGGUAUCACGUGCAACCGCUGCGCUAAAGGCUACCAGCAGAGCCGCUCGCCCAUUGCCCCCUGCAUAAAGAUUCCUGUUGUUCCCCCGACAACCACAGCCAGCAGUACAGAGGAGCCAGCAGACUGUGACUCCUAUUGCAAGGCGUCGAAAGGCAAACUGAAGAUCAACAUGAAGAAAUACUGCAAGAAAGAUUACGCUGUCCAGGUGCACAUUCUGAAGGCGGACAAGGCGGGCGAGUGGUGGAAGUUCACCGUCAACAUCAUCUCUGUCUACAAGCAGGGCGAGAGCCGCAUCCGCCGCGGCGACCAGUUCCUGUGGGUCAGGGCCAAGGAUGUGGCGUGCAAGUGUCCAAAGAUCAAGACCGGGAAGAAGUACCUGCUCCUGGGUAACAAUGAGGAUUCUCCAGGGCAGUCUGGAGUGGUGGCCGAUAAGGGCUCCCUGGUCAUCCAGUGGAGAGACACAUGGGCCCGUCGGCUGAGGAAGUUCCAGCAACGUGAGAAGAAAGGCAAGUGCAAGAAGGCAUAGGCGGAAAGGACGGCCGACGCCUGGAGCGAGGGAAUGGAACGCGGGACAGGAGAACGGACGAGUGGGUGUUGAAAAAGGAUGGGGGGAGAGAGAGGGAGACUGAGGAAGGACAGAAAGGGCCUGUGCGUUGUCGCUACUUUUCAGAGUAGAAGCACGAAGAGAAUAUUAUUGAGAAGAUCUUUUCUAGUGGACUUUUGUGAAGGAGCUCACGCUGCAGGUGUCAUUGCUUCGUUGUUUUUUGAGAUUUGUCUCUGUGGAUUUGCCAAGUUUGCACCUAUUACCAGUAUAUAUAAAGUUAUUUGGGUUUUCAUUUUUUUUUUCAUAUUGAUAUUUCAUAACCCUAUUUUAUGAGCAUUUUGUGCUGGUGCGAAGACACCACCAAUCAAGCCACUGCAUUAUCACAAGCUCUGUUUUCUGUCGUUUUUAGGGUUAGCUAAUGAUAUCCCUGACAAACCAGCCUGCAUCGUCAAAUGUCCUCACUCACUAUUUUUUGUGUUGAAAUUGUGUAUCCUAUUGGCAGUGCGGUAAAAAGUGCCAUAAAAUAACAUUGGUUCUGCGCCUUGGAAAUGCACGUUUCAUGUAUUAUCAAAUAGGUUGCCCUUGCGCUUCGCCUGGUCGUAUGUGUAUGUGACAUAAAACGCACAGUAACUAGCUACGUUUUUUUAUUACAUCACGGGUGUGACAUAUUGUACAUUUGAUUGAAUGUUGGCCCCUAGAUGCAGACAGUGAAAUGGGAAGAAAGAAAAUGAAUGUCCAUUCUGAAAAGGUGUACAAAAUAUUUGACUCCAGCA